AUGUUGACCGCACGGUGCUUCUCCACUUGGCUCCAGUGGCUCCGGGGGUGCCUUGCGGCCCCCUCGCGGCUGUUCCGCGGCUGGCCGCCCGCGAAGCGCGCUCCGCGCGGCUGUUCCGCGGCGAUGGUACCCACCUUACUUCUUCUUCCAGUGCUGGCAGCCGCAAGCCUGGCGGCUGACUGUGACAACCAGGCAGUUUCAGCCGGCCUUCUGCAGAGCUCCCGUUGGACGCAUACGUCGAGCGUUUCGCCGGCGAUCGGCUUGGUGAAGACACACAAGACAGCAGGCAGCACUUUGUCCGUCAUCUUCGAACGGUUAGCGCUGCACCUGAACCGCAGCAUCCUGCUGCCGACUUGCGAAGACCCCUCGCAUUUGGGCUAUCCAGACGCCUUUCCUGGAGAAGCGGUGGAAAAGUUGCAUGGCGGGCCGCGGCACCAGUUCGACAUGGUCCUGCACCAUGCCGUCUUCAACAAGACCUCCUUUAACGCCUACUUGAGACCUGCGCCUUUUUUCGUGUCGAUUCUGCGGGACCCGUCGAGCCACGUCGUGAGCGUGUACAACUUUUUCCGCAAAAGGGUCACACCAAGAUGGGGCUCCAUCGAUGACUUCAUCUCCUAUCUGAAAGCGGCCCGGCAGGAGAGGCCGGUCCCGAGGUACGUGAACUUUCACGCACACGACUUGGGCUUCUACGAAGCUGGCUACACACCGAAUGCCAGCAGCCGUGAGGUGAAGGAAUUUGUCUCCACGCUUCUACCCAGCUUCAGCCUUCCCACAGGCCUCAUGAUGAUGACGGAGUUCUUCGACGAGGGCCUUAUUCUGUUGAAGACUCGCCUCAACCUGCCACUAUCUGCUGUGAGCUAUUACAGCAUGAAGACAAAUCACAAGAGCUACGAGUACCCCAGCGAUCACCAGCUUCAGCAGAUGCUGCAGCUCGCUAGUAACAUCGACCUUCAGGUGUACCCCAUCUUUAACCAGAGCUUUGCGUCCGCCUGGCAGAUGCGCACUGCUGCCAUGGACGAGGAGCUGACAUGGCUGAAGGCGCGGAACGAGGCGCUGAACGCCUCCUGCCAUGUGAGCGAGACGGAGCCACCCUGCGCGAAGGAGUUCACCGUGGACAGCGAUUGUGUCGACUACGAUGACAUGCGCAUGCGCCUGGGCAUCGCGGCCUGCGAGAAGAAGCCCUGCCAGUGAGAAAUCUGAAUGGCGUCCGGCAAAGCAGCAGGAACACAAAGAGGUGUUGGGUGUUUUCGAUUGGUUUAUUGUUGUAGUAGCGCGUCCAUUCUUUCACCUUUUGUCAAGGGUCACCCAGAUUACACUGCCCCCGCCCCCGUUUCCAGGCCCUCCCCCAC